AUGUCACGUUCAGAAUCGGGAUCCCCAUCACCCUACCCAUCACCGAAGCGGAUGCGGCUUUCGUCUCCUACUUACGACGAACAGACCUGUCUCAGUCAAGAAGAGAUGCAAGCGUUUGACAUAUUGGACCGACAGCUCUCUCAAACCACGUUGCCAGAGCCAAGGCCGUCACAAGCGCUCUCCUCUAUAGAAAGGAGAAAGAGGAGUCGUGCAAUUGCAUUCGCUCUGGACGAGGUGCAGGAUGAAAAUCGCUCUUCUGAGGUUGCGGAUGCAAGGGAAUCAUUAUCGCCCUCCUCCUCGCCACAUCGCAAUAGCUCUCAAAGUAACGGACCGAAAGCUUCACUUCCUACAUUCCCUGUAUUUCAGUCUGCUUCAACGUUACAUAUGACACGAGCGGAUGCCGCUACUGAUUUCAUAUCGCACAACGAUUCAUCGUCGGGACCCAGCGGCAAAGACGAAAGCGCUACAGGUGCUAUCAGCAUCUCAACUCCUUCCAGGCGACCAACUUCUGGGUUUGGCUCGGCGCUCCAAUUCGAAGAAGAACAAGUCACCGACAGGGCAGACGAUCUUCCCUCGUCUUCCCCGGAUGCCGCACCUGAGCAGGAUCUAGCGACGUGGUUUAACUCGACACCUGCGUCUCCUAUUGCUGUCGGAUUUCAGUCCGCAAAGUCGCUGAGAGACGAUGAUGCGCCAAGCGGGUCUUCUGAUUCAGCGGAAAACACGACUCUGGACCUACCUGGCUUCACGUCUGGACGGAGCGUGCUUCUCGGCGCAAAUCCGUCGUCAACCCCGUCUGACUCGGCAUUUGAGCUCGAUUCUGGUACUGCGUUGGUCGGAUUCACUUCUGGCAUCAACCUCAUUCGGCCUUCACAAGGGGCUGACGCUGGUAAAAGCAAAGCGCAGGACUGGACAAGGCCGUCGAAAGAGGCCCUUGCCCUCGCUGCGCUGAAGAUGAAGCGCUGGCAAGAAGAGAUUGAGGAAGAUCUCACCGAUACGACUAGGAUCGAGGAGGAGACCACUCGUCCGCAGAGCGCCAGUAUCGUACAACCGCCAGAGACCCCGCGCCCCGCGUUACGUGCUGUGGAGAACUCUCCCGCACACCCUCCAGAUAGCCCUACUCCCGCAAGUACAGGGUUUGGCAGGGCAGGUGCGUUGGGCAUGAAGCCAGCGAUCGGCGGCAAGAAUAAGGCUUUCAAGUCUCCCCUCAUGAAUGUGGCCACAAAGCGCGCCGCGGGCACGCCUAGCUAUGUGGGGUCCCCCCUCAAUCCCAAUCGCUCUACCCCGCUGGCGUCAUCGUCGAAGAUUCCCGCACCCGCAUUCACACCUCUGCACGUUGGUACGCCGGCACCGGCAGCUCUGACGGCAUUUCGAUCGCCUGCAAAGGCACUGGGGUUGACACCUCGCAGACUUGGUGCGGGAUUAGGCACUCCAGGGAAACCAAACUUCACAACACCUUUCAAACCGGGUAUGAAGCCCGGUGAAUUGGGCAGGCAACAGCUUGCACAGACUAAGGCCAGUCAAACACCAGCAACGACUGUCGGUGUCAUCAAGAUUAGCCAAGCAACCGUGCAUGCACAGUCGAAAAGUCUCAGCAAAGGGAAAGAGAGACAAAGGUUCUUUGAUUUGAGUAAGUUCUAUUAUUUUUGGCAUGGCUUGAAGGUGCUUACCUCAAGCGCAAUACAAGCAAAACCGCCUAAUAGGAAAACACUCGCGACAUGUGGGGCUCAACCACAGUCGUAUGACGCCGAGACAUUGUACUCAAUGGGCAUCAAUGUGAACCAGCUGGACCAAGUCACGCCUGAUAUUGCUCUCUAUUACUCAUUUCGUUCGCCUUCCUCACCGACACCACCCGACUCCCAGACUCCUACCACAAUGUUUGGCCCCGAUGCGGCUCUCACGGAGCUUCACGAGAUGGGUUGCUCGUUAGCCAAGAAGGAAUGGGUGGAGAAUCAUUGGAGAAUGAUCCUGUGGAAAUUGGCGGGUAUGGCGUGUCUCCAGCCAGAACGGGAGAGCAAUCCGGAGACCAGGAGAUGGUGCUGGGGCGAAGUAAUGAAGCAACUAUUAUAUAGAUACGAACGGGAAUUGAACAGCGGAUCAAGGCCCCCUCUGAGGCUGAUUGCUGCCCAAGAUGCGCCGCCAAUGUGCCCUAUGGUGCUAUGUGUGUCCAAGGUGGCCUGGCUUCCGACAGGCCCAGAUGAGCAUGGCGUCGCGAGGAACACUCCUGAGCUCGAGGUCAGCGAUGGCUGGUAUAGACUGCGCGCCGUUAUAGAUGCCCCUCUGGAGCGUGCCAUGCGCAAAGGCCUUCUUCGCGUCGGAUCCAAGAUCGCCGUCGCCAAUGCAAGGGUCAUUUGCGAGCGCAAGGAGCCUGCAGAGAUACUAGAGGCGUACGACUCUAUGAGUCUGCAGCUAAGCGGAAACUCGUCCAAUCCGGUGCCCUGGCAUACAAAGCUCGGAUUCAUGAAGCAGCCUCCCAUCGCGACGCUGGACAGUCUUACGCCUGAUGGUGGGCUGGUAACUCUCAUGGACCUCACUGUGGUCAAGGCUCAUCCCAUUGCUUUCGUCGAGAUGAUCGAGCGCGAUGGAAAGAAGAUUACUGUGGGGCCUCUGAAUGAGCAAGAAGAAGUACAGGCUGAAGAGCAGUGGGCGAGGCAAAGAGAGGUAGCUGUCUUCAAGAUCCGCAGCGAGUUUGAAAACCGAAUGCGCCGAUGCAAACAUAUCGCAGAUAGAUUUAACGAGCGCGCCGGACUUGGGUGGGCUCCCGACGACGAUGCACUGGCCCCCUCUGACAUUGAAGAUCGCUUGAUGAACCUGCUGGACAACCCGAGCAGCUUCGCAGAAGAAUAUGUCAAUACAACUCGUGAAGGGGCUGGCUGGCUCAGUGUAUUCGCCGAGGAUUACAUGGCGAAGGCUCGGGAGAAUUUACAGGAUGAGAUUCAGAGAGAGCUAGAGGUGCGCAUAUAUUUCACUAAUUUACGAGACAGUUGUUGA